CUAUCUCCUGUGUCAGCUGGCCAGGGUCACACAAGUAGUACGUGUCUGAGGUGAGCUCUGGCCUCAGGUCCUCCCAACUUCAGGGCCAGUGCUCUAUCCAGGGAGCCACCUAGAUGCCGGAAACACCAAGUGGGAAGAAGAAAAAAAAACCCAACCCAACAACCUGCUCAAUAGUAGCAACCCCAAAGUCGUCUCAGCUCCGCGCCUGCGCAGGAAAAUACCCAGGAAGCUCCGAGCUGGGGUCCUCAUUGCUGGCUCUCAAUCAUCGUUGGCAAACAUUUCUUUCAUCCUAAAGCGGAACCCUGAAACCGAGGAACUCUUCUGACGGAAAACUUGAAAUGGAGAUACGAAAGAGAUUAUAAAGACUCCGCUCGCUGUGAAUAUGUGUGCCAUGAUAUUUCUCCACGGAUCCGGCAGUUCCCCAGACACCACAGUCCGCUGCUCAGAGGGCCUUGGCGGCGGGGGCUGGCGGGAAGAGGAGCUUUCAAAGCGGCACUUGGGGGCUACUGGAGCUUGGAGCUAGAGGCUGCGCUUCGUGAUUUUGCGCGAUGAAGCUCCAGUGUGAAGUAGAAUUGGUUAAUCGCCAUCUUCCUACCUUUGGCCUGAGGGGCCGAGGCAAAGGCACCAGGGCGGUGCUGUCCUUGGGCCGGCCGUCGGACAAGGCACUGCCCCAGUCCCAGGCUGGGGCCGCCCAUCUGGUUAUUUACACCCUAAAGGACAAGACAGGGAGCAGGUACAAGCUAAAGGAAAAUAUUGAGCAGUUUUUUACUAAAUUUGUGGAAGAGGGGAAAGCCACUGUUCGGUUAAAGGAACCUGCCGUUGAUGUCUGUCUCAGUAAGGCCCAAUUCCAGCAACUUAAAGGACUUUCUUGUCGGCUGUGACUGGCUCACCAAGGCUGUGCUAUUGAAACAUUGCCACUAUCAACUCUGGCACCAUUGAAGACAUCAGAAGUUGAAAAACCAAAAACUAAAAUGGUCAUUACAUCUAAAAAAGAUUAUCCCUUAAACAAAAACUUCCCUUAUUCCUUAGAACAUCUUCAGGCUUCUUAUUGUAGACUUGCCCGAAUUGAUAUGCGAAUGCUUUGCCUCAAAAAACUUAAGAAAUUAGACUUGAGCCACAACCACAUAAGAAAACUACCAGCAACAAUUGGAGACCUUGUCAAUCUUCAAGAACUUAAUCUGAAUGACAAUCAUUUGGAGACAUUCAGUGAAGUAUUAUGUUCUUCCACACUCCAGAAGUCUCUUCAAAGUUUGGACCUCAGCCAAAACAAAAUUAAAGCUAUCCCUCUGCAAUUUUGCCAACUGCAAGAACUCAUAUAUUUGAAACUUGAUGACAAUGAAUUGACGUUCCCGUUCAAGAUAGGCCAACUGAGUAACCUGCGAUUUUUGUCAGCUGCUCGAAACAAGCUUCCUUUUUUGCCCAGUGACUUCAAAAAAAUUAUCCCUUGAGUACUUGGAUCUUUUGGAAAUGCUUGACAACCUAAUCUGCUAGUUCCUAAUAUACAGCUGGCAGUACCAUUAACUUUAUUAGAAAUUUCUGCACGGGCAGUUUUAGAUUAUAGAAUUCCCUAUGCUCCUCAUAUCAUUCCUUUUCAUCUUUGUCGAGAUUUGGAUACAUCAAAAUCCUGUGACUGUGGAAAAUCCUGUCUAAGCUCUUUCAUUCAAGCAACUGUUACUAUGAAUCUACACUAUGUUGCCCACACUGUGGUUCUGGUAGAUAACAUGGGUGGCACUGAAGCACCCAUUCUCUGUUACUUUUGUUCACUAACAUGUUAUUCUCAAUUCUUGGAUCGAUCAACAAAAAGUAAUAGGUAACAAACUUUUAAAAUUUCAUCCAUUUAGGGAUUUACAGAUUAAUCUUAAUUUUUUACUGCCAAGUUUGAAUUGAGUUAUAAAGUGUAAUGGGUAUCACAAAUAGUUUUACUGAUAUCAAAUUGAAAAAACAAUGUAUUUUUAUAACUUUGAAGUAAACUUUAUAAUGGGGUUAACUUUAGCCUAAAACUUAAUAUCUUGUCAUUUUGAGUUGGUUGAUCACAUCUCUAUUGGUUUGAACCCAUACAACCCAUAUAUCAUUUGGGGGGUGGGGCAUGAAGCAGUUGGGGUUAAGUGACUUGCCUAGGGUCACACAGCUAGUAUGUGUCAAGUGUUUGAGGAUAGAUUUGAACUCGGGUCCUCCUGAAUCCAGAGCUGGUGAUCUAUCUACUGCACCACCUAGCUGCUCUGCUAUAUACAAUCUUUACUUUAUUUUCAGUAACAAUUUUUGUGUAUACAGCAAAAUAGAAAACUACAUAAGUUCUAAAUGCAGUUCAAACUUGUUAAUAUAAUGUUAAAUGAAGCACACUACAUAAAGUAUUCUAAAUGUGGACUAGUUGUAAGUAUUUUUUCAGGGAUAUUGAAUGUGUUAUGGCUAAGUUUGAGGUAGGAACACUUUUAUAUUUUUAUUCAAAAACCCUUAUUGUGUUUUAUUACACUGAUUCACCCUAAAUCAGUUUCACAUUCAUUUUGUCCUUAUGAUUCCUAAGCUUUAGAUAUUUAUUUUUUUACUUUGUAAAGUAAAUAUAGGAAUAGAAUUUGAGUUAUUUUCAAACUUUGUAAUUUUGGAAUAAAUAUCUAAUUUGGUUUUGUCAAUUUUUUCUUAGUAUCUUAAAUCAUCUUAGCUUUACAUGUAUUUUGUUCUUUCCGGGAUGAAAGCGUUGUAAUAUAGUAGGAAAAGGACUGGUUCUGUGGAAAUACUCCCUCCAUGCCCAUUCUGCUACUCUUUGAAGUUGACUGUGUAGUAGAAUUCUAAAUUUUUAAAAAUAUACCAUUGAGUUGGUUUAGCGUGACUCUCCUGGGAAUAAGCAUUUGCAGUUUUAUCUUACAUAUUGGUUUGGUUUCAUUUUGUGAAAAUAACUUUUGCUAAUAUUUUGUAAGACUAUGCAUGACUAAAAAUGCUAACCAGUGUGGGCUUAAACUAUUUCCCAUUUCAGUUUACUUUGUUUUUUCCCUCUCCUGUUAACAUUUAUUCUGACAGUCAUUUUUUACUUAACUAUUCUAAAUGGUAGAGUUAUUCUGUAAGUUCAUUUAUCACUAUUUCAAUGCUGUUAAAAUGAGAAUGAAAUUAAUUUACUUAAAAUGUUUACCUGCAAUUUGCAAGUUAGAACGUGGUCUCUAGGGGGCAGCUAGAUGGCGUAGUAGAUAGAGCACUGGCCCUGGAUUCAGGAGACCUGAGUUCAA